UCAUGCACUCCCGAAGAUGCUAUUUGUUUGGGAUUUGAACCGAUACUCCAACUUUUUCUCUUGAUAGCUAUGGAUUCACAGAAGCGGACUCGGCUGGUUUCACUGUGCGCGGGCUGUGGCCAUCAAAUCCUUGAUCGGUACAUCCUGCGCGUUUCCCCAGACCUGGAGUGGCACGCGACCUGCCUGAAGUGCGUCGCGUGUCAGCGGAACUUGGACCAAUCUAGCACCUGUUUCAUCAAAGACGGAAAAACCUUGUGCAAAGACGACUACAGGAGAUUAUACGCCAUUAAAUGCGCAAAAUGUCAUAAACCCUUCACCAGUCUCGACCACGUCAUGCGCGCUCAGUUUCAUGUAUAUCAUGCCCACUGUUUUCGGUGCGAGGGCUGCGAUCGACAGCUGCUGACCGGAGACGAAUUUACCUUUCGCGAGGGCUCUCUGUUCUGCACCGCCAGUCACGAACUCUCAGGUUUGCUAAUGGCAUCUUCAGGUCACGCACUGCACCGGACUCCCCCAGAGAAGUCUGCCAAAGAGGCCGGUAAGCACACUACAAGACAGAGCAGACCUGCGAGGACGACCCGCGUGAGGACUGUCCUCAGUGAGUCCCAGCUGCACACGUUACAGGCCUGCUACAGCGCGAAUCCUCGGCCUGAUGCACUCGUAAAGGAGCAGCUGGUGGAGAUGACCGGUCUGAGUCCGCGCGUCAUCCGUGUGUGGUUCCAGAACAAGCGCUGUAAAGACAAAAAGAGAAGUGCUGUGGUGGUGGAGGAGCUGUUUCCAGCUCUCAGCCCAGAGAGCCCAGGCGUGGAUGUACUGAUGAGUUCGCUGGAUUUCCACAGUUUCUCUCCAUGCUGGAAAAUGCUAAGCAGUUUUUCUGUGUAUUCGGAUGCCGACUGCAUGCAGGAUCAGCACCUGGCCAGUGCAGCCCAUGUCCAGAAUUUUGGAUGGGAAGAUGCACCAGUUCCCAGCGAGCUGCCAGACACACCCUGCAUCCUCACCAGCAAUCCUGUACAGGGAAACAAAUGA